AUGUUUUCCAAGUCUCUGAUCACCGUGCUUCUCGGCGCCACACUUGCGCUGGCUACCCUCGACCCAGCAACCUCCAACACCAAGGGCAAAUGCCCUACCGCAAAGACCUCCAAGGCAAUCCAGGCCGCGGAAUGUUCCCACAACACGCGGACAUCCAAAACACAAACCUUUGCCGUCUUCGUCACCGAUCACCAGUAUGACUCCGCCCAUGGAGCUCCCUACGGAACCUGCAAGGCGUACACCUGCACCGCACCCACUGCCUCGCAGAUGACCGAUGUCGAUGAGGAUUGCUGGACGUUCUUCUGGAAUAACAAUGGAGAGUCUUCUGGCGUCGGCACCGGUUGCAUUAAGAGCCCUGAUGAUGGUACCUGCGGCUGCGAGAACUCGGACGGCACUUUUGUUUACGGUGGGACCAAUUGCUCUUAG